CUUUGAGGAAAAACUAUGAGCUUCAUUUCUGCUGGAAACUUUCUUUUUCACUUGUCAAUAGGUCUACUGAGUCUACCACUGCUUACAGAAUGUGACAAGAUUAGGCUGGUUGGGCCUUCUCGUUGCUCCGGUAGACUGGAGGUCUUCCACAGAGACAACUGGGGAACGGUGUGUGAUGAUCACUGGAGCAUUGCCAAUGCUGAAGUGGUGUGUCGAGAGUUAGACUGUGGGAUGGUUUAUGAUGCCAAAAAAGGUGGCUCUUUUCCAGGGGGACGGGACAACAUCUGGAUGGAUGAUGUACAGUGUAUUGGUAAUGAGUCUUCCAUCUUCGACUGCCCACAAAAUCAACUGGGUGACAAUAACUGUGACCACUCUGAAGAUGCUGGGGUUACCUGUUCAGAUCAUUUGAGGGUGGUGAACGGAAGCAGUCGGUGUAGUGGCAGAGUGGAAGUCUACCAUGAAAACAACUGGAAACGAGUGUGCCACAGUGACUGGACCAAGGGAAAUACUGAUGUGGUGUGUCGAGAGAUUAAUUGUGGCGCACCUGCCACUCAGGCUGAAAUGCUGUAUUUUGGAGAGGCACAUAAUCUGCGUGGUGUGAAGGCCAACUGUGGUGGAAACGAGACCUCUGUCUCACAAUGCAAAUUUCAGGAAUUCAAUGAAACCUGCGUUGAUGCUACCGUUGUCUGUACAAGCGGUAAACCCUUACGGCUGAUGAACGGGACCAAUCGGUGCUCAGGCCGAGUCGAAAUCUACCACAAUGGACAGUGGGGAUCGAUUUGUGAUGACGGAUGGGAGAUGCAAGAAGCAGAUGUUGUAUGUCGAGAGAUGAACUGUGGGACUGCUCUUUCAGUCAAGUACAAAUCCUUCUUUGGAAGAGGUCAGGAGGACAUUUGGUUGGACGAUCUUCAGUGCACUGGCGAGGAGAAGUUCCUUGCUGACUGCCCGAACAGAGGCUUUGGAUCACACGACUGUGACCACAAUGAAGAUGCUGGUGUUAUUUGCUCAGAAUCAAUCAGAUUGCCCAGUGGGACUAACCGCUGCUCUGGCAGAGUGGAGGUCUUCAACAAUGGCCAAUGGGGAAAAAUUUGUGAUUCUAAUUGGCACAAAGAAGAAGCUGCAGCAGUUUGCCAGGAACUCGGUUGUGGACUUCCAAGAGAAUCCCAAGAGACAUUCAACUUUGGUGACAGUGAUCUGAAAGGGUAUACAACUAGUUGCGUUGGAAAUGUGAGCACUAUCUCCCAAUGCACGCUUCAAGAAGUCACAGGGACAUGUAAAGGUGUUUCUCUUGCAUGUGCAGGUAUUUCACCACUAAGGCUUGUCAAUGGCACUGACCGAUGCUCUGGUAGAGUUGAGGUCCUGCAUAAUGACCAGUGGGGAACCGUGUGUGACGAUCAGUGGGACAUCAAAGAUGCUCAGGUGGUCUGCAGAGCCAUGGACUGCGGAACAGCUAAGACGGCAAAAACCCACGCCUUCUUUGGUCAAGGCCAUGAACACAUCUGGCUUGAUAAUGUGGGCUGUGUUGGUAAUGAGUCGCUCCUUUUGGACUGCCCGAGAGCCGUUCCCGGACCAAAUGACUGUAACCAUGGUGAAGAUGCCGGUGUGGUGUGCUCAGCUGACAUUAGACUGGUCAGUGGGACCAACCAGUGCUCAGGCAGGGUGGAGAUCUACCAUGAUGGCCGUUGGGCACCAGCAUAUAAAGUUAACUGGGGAAUUAAUGAAGCUAAAGUGGUGUGCAGAGAAAUGAAUUGUGGAGAUCCUGUUAAGUUCUCAGGAUCAUAUGAUGAAGGCAGAUAUCGGAGUGGGUAUAGGUUCACUUGUAACGGUAGAGAGAGCUCUCUCACACGUUGCGUAAGGAGAGAAUAUAUCAGGGCCGGCAACGUUCGCAUCGAACAGGCAACUGUCGAAUGUUCAGGCAAUGUGAGGUUGACCGGUGGGAGCUCGAGUUGUUCUGGAAGAGUGGAGUUCUUCGACAAGAACCAGUGGGGGACAGUGUGUGGUGAAGCCUGGGACGAGAAUGAUGCAGAUGUGGUGUGUAGACAGCUGGACUGUGGGCGGAGUCAUAAGAUUACCACCACGACUCAGUACGGUACUGGCACAGGACACACCUGGACUGAUCAAAUUGAAUGCGAUGGCACGGAGUCAACACUGAGUCAGUGCACACAAAGACCAUUUACAACCAGAACUUGCAACACCACCUCGGUUGCUGGUGUUGUCUGCACAGAAGCUAUGGAAGUCCGGUUGGCCAAUGGUAAAGAUGCGUGCUCUGGCAGAGUAGAGGUCCGUCAUGGCAACACGUGGCAAACGGUGUGUGAUACAGACUGGACCCUAAAUAAAGCCAUGGUGGUGUGUGAAAAAAUGGAAUGUGGACAUGCCAUGAACGCAUCCAGAGGUGCCCAGUUUGGCCAAGGCAGUGGAUUAGUAGUGGAGGCCAGCAAUUCGUGUUUUGAAAGUGUGACAUCUCUUCAGCAAUGCAACAUCAAUGGUUUCAGAAAAGCAACGUGUGGGCAUGAGCAUGAUGCUGGUGCUCUCUGCGCAGCACGAGUCCAGUUGGUCGGAGGCUCAGGUGAAUGCUCCGGUAGAGUGGAGGUCCUCCAUAAAGGCCAGUGGGGAACUGUGUGUGAUGAUUCAUGGGGAAUGAGUGAUGCCAUGGUGGUAUGUAGACAGCUUGGCUGCGGUCUUGCAGUUUCUGCUCCUACAGGUGCCACCUAUGGAAGAGGCACAGGUCCAAUCUGGCUGGAUAAUGUUGCGUGUAGAGGCAAUGAGAGUGCUAUCACACAUUGUACGCAUCCUGGUUACGGAAAACAUAACUGUGGACACGGCGAAGAUGCUGGCGUCAUCUGUUUAGGUGCUGUACAGAAGCCCAAUAUCACUUUGAGUCCUGGUCCGGAGGUAAACUUCGGCGACACAGUUAAGAUCACCUGCUCUGUGGGAAAAGAGUACUUGGUUGGGACUUUUUUCCUUAAAAGGAGCCAAGGAUCAUUUGAAAUGACAAAAUCCUCUGAGCUUGGAGCUGAAACGUUUACCUUACCUACUGUGAACUUCAGUCACAACGGGUCAUACUUCUGUGAAUAUAAAAAAACAUUUAGUGGUCAAGUCAUCGUGUUCCCUCGAGGAGAUACUGCUGAGCUCUACGUCACAAUGAAAUUGGAGAAGCCUACAAUCUCCCUGGAAUCUUCUGCUGCAAUGGUGGUCUACAGCCCCGUCAAAGUAUCAGUCGCCCAAGGCAGCAGCAUGUCUGUCACUUGUUCUGUUUAUUCCAGAUAUCCUGGGGGCUACUUCUAUCUGACAAACUCUAUUAAGAGCACCACUCAAACAAUGCCAGCAGUUGCCAAAUCUGUCUUCCUCGUGGCACACUUUAACUUCUCUGCAAUAGAUUACAAAAGCCAAGGAGAGUAUAACUGUGUAUAUGGUUUUAACGUCUCCUCAAAGACCUUCGGUUCUGCCCCCUCCAAGUCACUCCACGUCACUGUCGAUGCUACCAUGGUUCAGUUUAUCAACAGGUUUGGAGGAACAAUGAAGCAAGAUGUCGUAGAAAGAAGCAACGGAGGUCUCUAUGGAAGAGACUGCAGUAACCAGGUGAUUGAACAAGCAGAGAGUCGCCGCGUGGCGGAUGCGAGGGCCCCUGAAAACCUGGCUGGAAGAAUGACGUACGAUUUCGAGCCACUUGUUGUCUUGGGAUAACAAAAUAGCUGAAGGAAUAGAGAAGGAGUAGAGAAGUCAAUCCGCUGAAGGUCUACAAUAAAAAGAUCUGUAGACCACAGCCGUUUAGCCGUUUAACUGUUGAUUUCUCGUUCAUUUAUUGAUUGAGAAUGCUGUAGGCUGUAUGUCAUUUCAAACACAGCAUAUAAAUCUCGCAUUAAGACCUUCUGCUGUUGAUGUUUACAUGGAACAUCAAAGAGAAUACCAAUUCAUAUUUCUGUGUACAGAAGAAAUACCUCUAACCCAGUAACUGUUCACCACCAUGUGAUGUUUCCAAAAAUAAACCGGCAAUAUGAGAUGAGAGCGGCAGACAGGAGCUGCAGCAUUUAUUCAUGUACAAUUUGAAACCCACACUUUACUUCAACUACCCCUUGACUACUUUACUUAUAACUGCAUUUACCACCCAUUUAGUUUUCAUUUUAAUGCAGUUUUGUUGAUUAAAGCGUCACUUAAGCUUCAGCAUAAUAUUUUAUGACGUGAUCAUGUUAUGAUCCUGAUACGAUAAUGAUCAUUUCAGUAUACUCCAUCAUAAAUGUCAAAUAUAAUAAUUACUGCUGAUUUCAGGCACAUAAAACACUUCAGUUUGCUUUUUUUCUCAAUAUUUUGCAUUUUCUGCAUUAUAAAUCAAUUUUUAUUUUUUUGUAUGCAUUUUAUUUUCAUUAUCUGUUCUGUGACUGAGUAUGAGCUUUAAUUUGUGAUGAAGAUUGUAUUGCUACAGUGCUAAUUUACUUGUUUGAAUCACGUGUUUACAUUGAUAUACAUAUAUCUCUGUAUACUUGAUAAAUAUCACAUUUCCUGAUUACCUCAUUCACUGUACAUUAAUGACCAGUUGACAACUUUACUGCUUAAUGCUGCCACCACCCUCCACGUUUUUUCUGUACUAUUAUCCACAUCAUUUUCAAGCAUUAAUAAUUUUGUCUAGCCACCAUGCUUUGGUUAUCUCGAGACUUGAGAUUUUGUUGUACAGAGGAAUAAGAUGUAUCAGACUUUGGCUGGAUAGAAAAUAUUUGUCAGUAGGAUCAAUUUAUAUUUGGUUUUGGUCUUUUCUUCUUUUGUUGACAAGAUGGAAAAUAUUGAUAGCUCUAUAGAGCCUCUUAAAAUGUCUGAAGUUUAGUUGUUGAUAUUCAGUCUAAAAAUGUCUUAGAAUGUCUGUAAUUGUAAGAGGGAAGGCAUUAAAUUUGAUUUGGAGCAGAA